GUCAGGAUUCUGAUUCAUGACUCACGAGCGUCCGGUCUGCAAACAAACAGAGCCAACUUCGCGAUUGCCAGUACUGGUUCGAGAUUUUGAUCAGACGGAGUGUGCUAUGGUUACCACCUCGCGCGGUCGAACCUCAGAACGAGACGUUAGGCAGCGCGGCAGCCCUAGACCCUAAACCUCACGAUGAUCUUCGAGCAUGGAAGUGCUCAAAACAGAACGUGAACAAUUUGAGGAUUUUGCAAGCAGAAGUGUCGUAGGAUAUGGAGUCGAUUGUUCUCUUUAGGUUGCGGUAAUCGUGGAAGUUUUGCGACAAUCAGGGGCUGAGCUAACGUGUUCAGGGUGAACUUGAAAGCCACCGAAGUUUGUCAAGAUCUAUCGAUCGAUCCAGAGAUCGAGUCCGGAGAAAUGCCAAUCACUCCAGCGCAUGAGUGGCACGAGGGCGAAACGUGGGUUUCGGUCGACGUCAAAAUUCGCGCCGUGACAGCGUCAUCAGCGAACAUCAUGAUGACGGACUGCUAUGCCAAAGUGAAUUGUGCUCCUUACUUCUUUGAAGCCGAUUUGUACGGUGACAUUGAUGGUCGCAAAAGUUCUGCCACCGUUGGACAAGAUUCUGUUAAAUUUUUCUUCGUCAAAAAAGAACAAGGUUUGUGGGGAAGAUUAACCAUGCCGGGAGACAGACAAAAGAUUCUGAAUCGCCGUCAGCGCUCUCUGGCAGACAUUAGAGAGCAAGCACAUAAGGAUCGAGAAGAUAUUCCGGUGAAGCUUUCGAACAUAGGGCGGCUAGCGGUGGGGGAGCAGACGAAACUGGAGGAUGCCAAGAGGAAAGCUAUCGAGCUAAAGAAGCAACAGGAGUUAAGAAUUGAGCAGGAGCGUCUGAAAAGCUGGAUGGCAUCAUCUACUGCAAGGCAGCACCCGAUACCAAAAGCCGAUAUGCAGAAAUUCUCAGACUCCAAGUGCCCUGAAUCUGAGAAUGAAGACAUGGUUGUGACGACGACCUCUGAAAAUAAGACACGAGCGGAUCUUCAUGUUGUCAGGGAAUGUCACCAGCGUGAAAGGAGUAGCGAUAGCAUCGAACCGAUAGAAUACUUCGAAAAGCCUGGAGACGAUUUCCGUUUUCCACCAACCGCGUAUUUGCUACCAGCCCCCAGAAGAUGCUCCAGUCUUUCUGUUACUUUUAGUUCGAAACCAAAUAGGCCAGUCCACCUGCCAGCUCGCGAAAGUAGAGACAGAGUCGAAUUGAAGAAACAGCAGAACGCAAACAAAGAUGCUUCAAAUCCUGUAGAACGAGAGCCACUCUUUCUUCAAGAUAAGGCAGAUAAGUUUUACAGAUCUGGAGACUACAGGAGUGCAAUAAAUGCGUACACGAGUGCAUUGGAAGUUAACCCUUCAUUAUUACUAUCCCUCGCAAACCGGGCAGCUUGCUGGCUGCAGUUGGAAGAUUAUGAGGACUCUGAAAGGGACUGCAUGAAGGCCCUAUAUCUUCUGAGAGAUGUGACGCCCUUAGAUGUUGUGGCCAUGGCUCCACGAUUAGAUUUCCAGCUUUCAAAAGGAGAUGAAGAAGGUCCACUAAGUUCCGACUUAAGGGUCCAGUUUUCAAAUCUCUCUCUUGCAACCUGCUUGAAAGCACAGGAAGCUGCUGAAGACUCUGGUUUCUGGGAGGCAAGAGUAAAGCAACAAGUUCUAAUGAUACAGGGCAGGGCUAAGUAUGGACAAGGAAAACUUCCCCAGUCUCUCAACAUUUUCACGGAGGCGCUACGCUUUGAUCCAACACACAAAGAACUUGAAAAUGUGAUAUUUCUUAUCGGACGCCAACUGGAAAAAGGUACUGCUUCCAUUGGAGUGACAUGAACUCUAUUGGGUUUAUUACGAAGUGACUUGUUCGACCUUGCAUCAUCGUGAUGUGAUGGUGUUGAGAAUCUAGUAAACUUCUCUGGUAGAUGUGAAAGAAAUGAAGAUGUCAAUUCAAAGUUUCUCAAAUCUUGUCAAACCCACUAGGUUUCAGGAUGAAAGUAUAAAACUAUCGCCAAACAUCUAUUCACAAUGAUUUACUCGACCUUACAUCAUCGCAAUUCGAUGGCGUUGAUCGUUCCCCAACUUCUCUAGUAGGUGUGGAAGAAAUGAGGGGGUCAUUUCAAGGUUUCUGAAAUCUUGUCGAACCCACUAAAUUCCAAGGUUAUAGUAAGAAACUGUGGCAAAACAUCAUCGACCCAUCUUUCCAUACAUCACUAAUGUGAUUCUCAAAACAUGAAUAUUUUAAAAUGAAUUUUUUAACCAGUUAUUUUCGAGAACCAGUUCAAAUGAUACCAUCAUCUAAUCCAACAAGAAUUGUUUUCGUUAACAAUUCAUUCAACUUUAUAUAUGCUCAACUAAAGUUCUUGGCGGGUUCUAUUCACAGGUGUAUUGACAUAUCCUAGGCACUCAAAGUCAUCACUGAAAUACUAUUUACAGGAAAGUUUUGGAGCUUUGACUGACCUACAACUCUAAAGAUUACCUCCAGCCCAGACCUAACUUCAAUCUCUUCAUUCAUUACUUCCUGUUGUUUACGUUCAGACCACCCUGGAUUCCCUUCACGAUAAUCCCUAGAACUCAUUACCAAUUUGACGAAAGGUUUGGCACCAAUAAUAGCU